AAAACUAUGAUGCGUCAGAUCAGUCAAGCAACACAAUCCGGGCGGGACGUUACGUAGUUACGUAACAUGGCGGCACCCAAAGAGUCUCUGGGUUUGAUCCGCGCCGUUAUUCAAGAGCUUAGGAGAAACCUCCCGCAGGGACAGUUCUGCACGCUGGAAGGGAGCCCCCGUGAUAGGGCACCGUGAGUCCUCCCCCCCCAGCGGUGCCUCCUGCCUCAUCCGGAGUCUUGAUGGACUUCAGGCUCACCGGUUUAUUCGAGUCCACCUGCCCUUGUCGCACCAACAAUUCGAACUUCGAAUCCUGCCCCGAACCCGGCUUCCGGCCCCUCGUCUCCAGCAUGCCUGGGCCCAGCACAGGCCGCAGCAUGUCUGACCUCCUAAAGAUGACACAAGACUGCUCGGUGGCAUUGCAGCGGCUCGAGGACAUGGUACCCGGCUUCCACUACACAACACGGUCCACCCGCACCUUGGCCGGAAAAGAGAGGCUCGCCAAAGCAGCAGUGUGCACCAAUGGGGCAGGUGCUGCCGCUGCCAUGGAUGACGAGUGGAUUAAGAGCCGCGUGCAGAAGGAGCUGAGGCGUGGGCGAGGUGACAAGCAUCGUGUGGCCGUGCGCAGUUACGGUUACACCGUGACUUGGAAGGACCUGAACACUGUGCUCGGUACAAACUGGCUGAAUGACGUUGUCAUUGACUUCUACAUAGCGCUUGUGGCCGAGCGCGCCAAAGAAGUUUCAGACGGUCUCCGCGUUCAUGCGCUGACGACGCACUUCUUCAAUGUGCUGAAAAUCCGGGGCUAUGAAGCCGUGCGCCGCUGGACGGACACGGUUGACUUGUUUGCUUUCAACCUAGUGCUCGUGCCCAUCCACGACCACGAUCACUGGUCACUCGCCGUUCUAAAUAUAACAAACCAGACAUUUGAGUUCUACGAUUCGAUGGGUCGUAAGAACUGGAACUGCUAUCAGGUGUUGAUGGCAUACCUGAGGAAAGAGCACAAAGACAAACGGAAGUCUCCACUGACUCCAGACGUAAAAUGGGAGUGCCAGUACAUAAAGAACCUUCCGCAGCAGACUAACUCUCAUGACUGUGGUGUGUUUGUGUGCCUCUAUGCGGAGUGCCUCGCGAGAGGUGCGCCAUUCAAUUUUUCAGCUCGCGACAUUCAGCGGUUACGAUAUAGAAUGGCCUUUGAGAUCUUGUCGGGGAAGUUGAUGGAUCACUGACACUUACUGCUGCUUCCUCUGAAGACAAACUGGUGCGUUACCUGGGAGAGAGGCUUAGCCGAUUGCAGCCUCCACGCAUGUGCCUGUGUUGUUUACAUGAACUUACUUGAUUACCUGUGCUAGGAAGUCUGUUGACGCCUUGUCUGUGCAGACUGGACAUUGUCUUCGUUUGUUUUAUGCGGGCUGGUGAACCCCGUUGAUUUUUGCAAUGUGAUACAAAUGUUAAAGAUCUUCAGGCCUCUGCCUUCUGCCAAUCCAAAGGCCAACAAAAUACCAAUCCAAAGGCGAAUGGAAGCCUCUACAUUUAUUUUUGCACAAUGUUGUGCUCUACAUAUUUGUGAGGUUCUCGCUCAGCCGCAACCCUUAAUGGCCACGUUCAUGGAAAGCUGUUUCGUUUUUGAAUACUCCAUUUUCAUAUUUCAGGUGUUCUAUAGGAGCUCAUAAUUUUCACUCAUUUAAUAACCUUCUUGCCAAGCUCUCUUAAUUACAACAGGCCUUCUGUGAACUAUGCUCAAAGCAGGGUGUCACUGCUUGUUUCCUAAGAGAAGACCUGUUAUUAAAGUUCUAGGCCACCUUUUCAGUGUAUUGACAACGGGAAAGAUUAAAUUUUUGCAGUCCUCACUCUCACAUAAAGCCAUAAUAAUGACCAUCCAGUGCCCUGGUUGUUCAUUAUUGCUGCUGCGACAUUUAUCGCACCCAUUACAGCAGACUUCCACAAAAGGAAAGCUUCUUCCCGAACAAAUUUUUGUAUUAGAGUUGGUAUUGUGGCACGGUGCUUAAGGUGAUGUUACUGCCGCAUUUUUGUAAAUUAUGUUGAGUUUUGUAUGGGCACAAGAAGUGUUGUACAUCAGAAUUUCAUGUCCUGGCGUUGGGUGCUCUAUCACUCCUUUCUUUUUUGUUUUUUCUCAAUUGAAAGGACCCCACGGAGGAAAUAAAUGUUCAUGUAUUUUUUUACUGUUAAA